UGCAACGAUAUUGCACACGUGAUGUAUAACGGCAAGCGCUGCAUUUCUGCCGAAGCGCUGCUGCUUACAGGGUAUGUUUACUACGGCGAACACGUCUACCAUUCGUCCUCCGUGGUCCUGUUGAUGUUGGCACGCGUGAUACCGCAGCGGGUGAUUCGCACCUUCAAUGUGCUUCUGCUACGAUGGCCCCUGGACCCGAGAGACGGCACACUCGCUCAGGCCAACUCGUGUACGCAAGCGAAGACGGAC